ACGGCGGUUAUGGCGGCAGCGCGGGGCCGCAAGCGGCGCCUGGCGGAGCUGACGGUGGACGAGUUCCUGGCCUCGGGCUUUGACUCCGAGUCCGAGUCCGAAGGCGCCCCGGACGCGGAGCCGCGGGCGGCGCGCGGAGCCGGGCGGAGCCGGGACGGGCCAGGCGGGAGCCUCGCGGCCAGCCGGCGUAAAGGCCGUGCGUCUGAGCACAAGGACCAGCUCUCUCGGCUGAAGGAGAAAGACCCCGAGUUCUACAAGUUCCUACAGGAGAACGACCAGAGCCUGCUGAACUUCAGCGAUUCGGACAGCUCUGAGGAUGAAGAGGAGCAGCUCCACUUCCUGCCAGAUGUGCUGGAAGAAGCAAGUGAGAAGGAAGACGAGGAGGGCGAGGAUGGGGUCUCCAGAGGACCAAAGGGGAAGAAGAGAGAUUCUGCCCCCGUGACUCUCGCCAUGGUUGAGAGAUGGAAACAGGCGGCAAAGCAGCACCUUACUCCAAAGUUGUUGCACGAAGUUGUGCAGGCGUUCCGAGCAGCCGUGGCCACCACCCAAGGAGACCAGGAAGGUGCUAAGGGCAGCAAAUUCCAGGUCACAGACAGUGCUGUGUUCAACGCUCUGGUCACCUUCUGCAUCAGAGACCUCUUGGGCUGCCUCCAGAAGCUGCUAUUGGGAAAAGGCCCACAGGACAGCAGCAGGGUGCUACAGCCGUCCAGCAGCCCGCUGUGGGGGAAGCUCCGGCUGGACGUCAAAGCUUACCUGAGCUCAGUUGUUCAGCUGGUGACCUGCGUGGCAGAGGCGACAGUGGCGGCAGCUGUCCUCCAGCACGUCAUCAGCGCGGUCCCAUACUACCUGAUCUUCCCCAAGCAGUGCCGCAUGCUGCUCAAGAGGAUGGUGGUCCUGUGGAGCACAGGUGAGGAGACGGUGCGAGUGCUCGCCUUCCUGGUCCUCGUCAGAGUCUGCCGGCACAAGAAGGACGCUUUCCUUAGCCCUGUUCUCAAGCAAAUGUACAUCACGUACGUGAGGAACUGCAGGUUCACCUCUCCCAGCGCCCUGCCCCUCAUCAACUUCAUGCAGCGGACCCUGACAGAGUUGCUUGCCCUGGACACCAGCGUCGCCUACCAGCAUGCCUUCCUCUACAUCCGCCAGCUCGCCAUCCAUCUGCGCAACGCUAUGACCACGCAUAAGAAGGAGACACACCAGUCUGUGUACAACUGGCAGUUCGUGCACUGCCUCUACCUGUGGUGCCGUGCCCUCAGCACCAUCUGCCCCAGCGAGGCCCUCCAGCCGCUGAUCUAUCCCCUCUCCCAGGUCAUUGUCGGCUGCAUCAAGCUUGUCCCCACUGCCCGCUUCUACCCACUACGCAUGCACUGUGUGCGUGCCCUGACGCUGCUCUCGGAGAGCACCGGCAUCUUCAUCCCAGUGCUGCCCUUCAUCCUCGAGGUUUUCCAGCAGGUUGAUUUCAACAGGAGGCCGGGGCGCAUGAGCUCCAAGCCCAUCAACUUCGCCGUGAUCCUGAAGCUGUCCAAGGUUAACCUGCAGGAGAAGGCGUACCGGGACGGCCUGGUGGAGCAGCUGUACGACCUCACCCUGGAGUACCUGCACAGCCAGGCCCACAGCAUUGCGUUCCCUGAGCUGGUGCUCCCCGCCGUCCUGCAGCUGAAAUCCUUUCUCCGGGAGUGCAAGGUGGCCAACUAUUGCCGGCAGGUGCGCCAGCUGCUCGAGAAGGUGCAGGAGAACACCGAGUUCAUCCACAGCCGCCGCCAGAGGGUCUCCUUUGGCGUGUCCGACCAGCACGCAGCGGAUGCCUGGGAGAAGCAGACCCGUGAGGAGGGAACUCCGCUCACCAAGUACUACAGCCAGUGGCGGAAGCUGAGGGACCGAGAGAUCCAGCUGGAGAUCAGCGGCAAAGAGCGGUUGGAAGACUUGAACUUCCCAGAGAUAAAGCGGCGGAAGGUGGGAGACAAGGAUGAGGACAGAGCAGAAUUCAGGGACCUCUUUGACCUGGACAGUGAGGACGACGACAACGCCACAGACUUCUCAAAGAGAGGGACGCCUGGGUCCCCGAGAACUUGGCAGAGGGUAGAGGAGGAGGAGGAGGGCAGCAGCAGUAGCGGUCCAGAGGAAGAAGUCGGUGACUCAGAGGAUGGAGGCCCAGACGGAGAGGCGGGGCUGGACCCCAGGGAGCUGUGGCGACUGGCCCAGGGGCCAGAGGACGAGCUGCAGGAUCUACAGCUCUCCGAGGAGGACUGAGGGCUGCCGCCUGGGGGCUGCUGUGGUGUCCCCACCUUGCAGGCAUUUGCCAUGCAGCUUCCUGGCUGGCUCUGAGCCCAGUGGCCCUGAGGUCACUGACCAUGUGGGGGGGAAGGGCAGUCAAUGGUGGACGGGGCUUUAUUCUUACAACAUAAAAGACCAGAAGAUACC